GGUGCUCGGUGAUCUGGCUCCUGAGCGGAUCAAAUUUUGUGCCGCGGCGCUUUUUCAAGUUCCAUUUUUGUCUCCGUUGUCAGUUGAGGACAAGGCAUUGAACUGCACCAUAUGCACGAGGCAGUUCAAAGUUUUCGAAUCAUGAUCGUUUCCCCGUAUAAGAGCAACGCCUGUCGACUGCUCUCCUACUGUUCUCGCUUGAGCUCCCACCAUGAUAUCUCCCUUCUCUGCAGCUCUUUCCCUGCUUUCGCUUACGACCUUGUAUGCACAUGGUCAAAUAACGUCCAUCUCUGAGACAGAGACCAAGAUAAUAUCCUCCGCAUGGCUAGCGGGCUGGCAUACUGCCAAUGCUACACCGACCUUCGAUUUAAACAACAUCAGUUGGUCGAAGUACACGGACGUGUUCUUUUCGUUUGCAUUGCCCACUGCAGACACUCAGGUGCUCACGCUGAAUGGUUCCAAUGGCGAUGCCCUCCCAUCUUUUGUUCAUCAGGCACAUGCCAAUGGUGUCAACGCCCAUGUUUCGGUGGGAGGCUGGGGAGGAUCAAUCUACUUUUCCACUGCAAUGGGCUCUGCAGAGAAUCGCACACAGUUCGUCAAAGCAAUAACCGAUUUCGCCACGAACUAUUCAUUGGAUGGUAUCAACUUCGACUGGGAGUAUCCCAACAAGCAGGGCAUAGGUUGUAAUAUCGUGAAUGCAAACGACACAGAUAACUUCCUAGCUUUUCUUCAAGAGCUUCGAACUGACCCCGUUGGUGCCAACCUUACGCUCUCUGCCGCCACAGCUAUUACACCUUUCUUUGACUCGAAAGGGAAUGCGUUAACAAACGUGUCUGCCUUCGCUGAUGUCUUCGAUUUCGUCACCGUCAUGAAUUACGACGUGUGGGGAUCCUGGAGUACCGGUGUCGGACCCAAUGCACCAUUGAAUGAUUCAUGUGCUGCAAAACCCAAUCAACAAGGGUCCGCCGUCUCUGCCGUCGCUGCAUGGUACACUGCUGGUAUGCCAGUGGAAAAGAUUGUCCUUGGUGUUCCGAGCUACGGUCACUCAUUCAGUGUCAACCAAACUUCCGCCUUUGUCUCAUCGACAGAACUUGCUGCUUAUCCCCCUUUCAAUGCUACCGCAUUUCCUCUCGGUGAUUCCUGGGAUACUGGUGCUACUGAGCCUGAUGCAUGUGGUCUCUUGGAAAACAAUGGAGGAGUGUACGAUUUUUGGAGCUUGAUUGAGAAUGGAUAUCUUGAUACCGAAGGAAACUUUACUUCUGAAUUUCCUCAUAGAUUUGAUGAAUGCAGUCAAACGCCUUACCUUUACGUCGAAGACGCUGAAUUGAUGAUAUCUUUCGACAACGCAGAAUCGUUUACAGCCAAGGGAAACUUCAUUGCAGAAUACGGUCUGGCUGGUUUCGCUAUGUGGGAAGCGGGGGGAGAUUUCAAUGAUAUUCUUCUUGACGCCAUUCGCGCAGCUGUUGGCCUUGAUGACUGCUAA